AUGUACGGUUUCGAAUGGCAAGAUCAGCGGGGAGUCGAGGGCACAGGAUUCGUUCGCGCCCUACGCAGCUUGCUGACAGCCCACCUGCCCGCGUUCCAAUCGGACUUCGAGCGUAUUCUAAGAGCCAACUUCGAUCUAGAAUUACGCAACCCAGACGAAGAUGGCUUCGCCCGCGUGAAUCUUUUCCCUAUGAUCAAGAGAAUGGUCACGAACGUCAACUGCUUCGUGUUCUUUGGCGAGGAGCUGUGCAAUAAUGAGAAGUUCACAGAGGCUGCGCUGGAAUUCCCCCAGGCCGUCAUAUUCGCCGCUGAGUUUCUGCGCAUCACCCCGGGGUUCUUGCGUCCGUUCAUUGCUGCAGCAGCAACGAAACGGCACAGAGCGGCGCGGACGAUUUUCCAUUACCUGGAACCCAUUGUCACGAAACGAAUGCAAGUGCGUGAUGCGCGCGGCGAAGCAGGAUUUGCGAAGGAUUUGCCAAUACCGGUUGAUUGCGUGCAAUGGCUGAUAGAUACGUCGCCGCGCAAGAUGCCAUGGUCGUCCGCGCGGAUGGUGGGGGAGAUCAUGGCUGUGUGGUUUGGCUCUGUACACCAGCUUGCCAUGACUACAGCCUACGCCAUCGAAGAUCUGUGUCUUCACCAUGACUGCAUCGAAUUGCUGCAUGCUGAGAUUACCAAGGCUCGCGCUGCAUGUAAAGAACUUGGGGGGAAGGCUCUGGACGUGGAGAAGCAGCUACCGCUAUUGGAUAGCUUUCUCAGGGAAUCAAUCCGCUGCAAUAAUUCUGAUGCAGUGACGGGCCGUCGCAAGGCUCUCGCGCCUUACAUUUUCAGCGACAGGACAUCAGCACUCGCUGCCGGCGACUGGGUGUGCGUUCCGCAGCGAGCGUUGAUGCAUGACGCCACCCGUUAUCGCAGCCCAGACGUCUUCGACGCAUUCCGAUUCGUACGGGCGAAUCAAGAGUUUGCGAGGGGAGAAACGGCGCGGGGCUAUGUCCCGGGUGAUAAGCCAUCCAGCCUUACCACGGUCAGCGUCGAUUGGCCUAUAUGGGGAUUCGGGAACACCGCGUGCUCAUUGACACCGAUUGACCUGUCUGCGAAGCCCCGGCCGGUUCUAUGCGUCUAUGAUAGCCAAGCUCGUAAUGGUGCAUGUGCUAGAAGAUUGGGCGUGCAGGAUGGAGGAUCCAGAAGCGCCUCGAUCCAGGACGUGGAGAUCGUCAGUCGUUCCUCGCAAUGA